UUGAUAAGCUUGCUGGUUCUUCCUUGAUUAGUGCAGGGAUUUCCCUGUACUAUAGCUUUGAUUCCACUGCUUAAUUGCUCACAAGUAACCAUAACCACUGUUUUCGACCUCGUCUUCUGUCUUGUCCUCCUUUCUUCUGCUGCAUCGUCUGUUUGCUCUAUCAAAGCUUGAAAUUGAUGGCCUCCUCUCCGAUCGGAUUCGAGGGCUAUGAGAAGCGUCUUGAGAUCACCUUCUCAGAAGCCCCGUUGCUAGCCGAUCCUCAUGGUCGUGGACUUCGUGCUCUUAGCCGGUCCCAAAUUGACUCCAUUCUGGAGCCAGCAAAAUGCACCGUUGUUGCAAAGCUGUCCAACAUGGACUUUGAUUCCUAUGUGCUCUCUGAAUCGAGCCUCUUUGUGUACCCAUGCAAGAUAAUUCUGAAGACCUGUGGUACAACAAGGCUCCUACUGUCAAUUCCUGUGAUCCUCAAUCUGGCUGCUGAGCUUUCACUUUCUGUUAUGGCAGUGAAGUACUCCAGAGGAAGCUUCAAAUUCCCUGGAGCCCAGCCUGCUCCUCAUCGAAGCUUCUCAGAGGAAGUCGGGGCUCUUAAUCUGUUCUUUGGCCGCCUUGCAUCUGGUGGGGCUGCUUAUGUUAUCGGUAAUCCAUCCGUGCCAAACCAGAACUGGCAUGUUUAUUAUGCAACCGAGAAACCUGAACUUCCUAUGGUGGCAAUUGAGAUGUGCAUGACUGGAUUGCACAGUGAGAAAGCUAUGAUCUUCUACAAGAAUUCUGAUCUUGGUAAUGCUUCAUCUGCUAAAGAGAUGACUGCAAGCUCUGGUAUUUCUCAUAUCAUCCCUGAAAUGGAAAUAUGUGACUUUGAAUUUGAGCCCUGUGGAUAUUCAAUGAAUGGAAUCAACGGUAAAGCUCUUUCAACCAUCCAUGUCACACCAGAGGAAGGAUUCAGUUAUGCAAGCUAUGAAGCUAUGGGGUUUGAACCAAGCAUGAUCAGCUAUCGCAAUCUGAUUGAGAGGGUUCUUAGGUGCUUUGAACCUGCAAAUUUCUCUGUGGCAGUCACAAUCUUUGGUGGGCGCCCCUUUGCCUGUUCAUUUGGUCGGAAGUUAGAUACUCAUGGAUACAAGCGCAAUGAUCAUGUGGAACAGGAACUUGCAGGUGGUGGACUGCUCUUGUACCAAAGCUUCUCUGUUGCAUCCAUGGAUGAGGCAACCUCUCCAAGGUCUAUCCUGUAUUGCUGGGAGGAAGAGGCUGUGGAAGAGGAGAAGAGUAUGAAGGAGAUGGAGCUCUGAGCGUUGUUAUGGUUAUUGGUGAAUGAGAAUUUCUGGUGUUGCUAUAUAGUAAAUGUCUGCUAGAUGGGAUUUGCUUGUCAAAUCUCCAUCAGGGUACUGUUACUUUUGAUUUGUUUUUCCUUUGCAUGGUUCCUGCUACUGUUCUUGUUUAAGAAAAACUCAUUGUGGCAAUUGUCUUGUGCCCUUGUCCUGUUUGCUCACAGAGCAGAAAUGUCGUCUGUUGUUGGUGUUUGCUUAUGAUUAUGAGUUUGUUUGGAUUUGAGUAAGCUUUUCCAUAAA